AUGACAGCACCAAAUCGUCAUAUGCACGAUGCAUUAAACCACGAGUUGCAAAAAGAACAACAGUACGACAUUGAAACAUUGGCCGAAACAGUUCGUACAAAUGUUCCACAAUUAAAUCAACAACAAAAAAUUGCGUACAACACUUUGAUAGAAGCUGUGAACAGUGGAUCUGGUGGAAUUUAUUUCCUUGAUGCUCCCGGAGGAACCGGAAAAACGUUCUUAAUUUCAUUGCUUUUGGCGAGAAUCAGAUCGCGAAAUGAUGUUGCUCUAGCGUUGGCUUCAUCUGGAAGAGCUGCGACUCUGCUAGAAGGCGAGCGAACUGCACAUUCUGCCUUGAAAUUACCAUUAAACAUGCAAAUCACCGAAACGCCAAUUUGCAACAUCGCUAAAAAUAGCGGAAUGGCCAAGAUCCUACAGGUAUGCAAAUUGAUUGUUUGGGAGGAAUGCACAAUGGCCCGUAAGGGGUCACUGGAGGCACUGGACAGAACGUUGAAAGAUCUUCGUGACAACCAAAAUAUUUUUGGUGGGGCCAUGAUUCUGUUGUCAGGUGAUUUCCGUCAGACUCUUCCGGUUAUUCCCCGAUCAACUGUUGCUGAUGAACUAUGCAUGCCUAAAAUCAUCGAAUUUGUAGCAGUAUGUAAAGACACUCCAAUUAACAACUAA